AUUGCAAGACGGUUGAGGUCACUUCACAACUAACAGACCAUUUGAUUGUUAUUGUAAAAAUUGAAAAUUUCUUGGACAUUAAACAUAACAGAAGAAAUAUUCCGCUGAAAAGAGUCUUUGAUUUCAAUAAGAUGACGGAAGAAACUUGGAAACUAUUCGUAAUCUCAGCUGACUGGCAUAUCCAAAUUUGUCGGUUUUAUGCUAUUUUACAACAUUUUGAUAUCCCAUUCGUUGCUUUGCCUAGAGAUCCUCCUAUUA